CUGUGGUACCCCAAACCCUAUAAUUUACUAUGCAUUAUUAUUUUUAAAAAUCUUAGUUUAACACUUUGUGAUGAAGUGAUUUAAAGGUUUGUUUCUAAGUUCAGUUUACUUUGCUCCAUGGCUUUAAUGCUACCACAGGUGAAAAUGAUACCUUAGGGGAAAAAAGAUCCAAAUAAAGAAGUACAUCAUUGUUUGCACUUAUUAAAAUGUGAUACCGAUUUAUUAAUGCUAUAUACAAAAUAUGCAAAAAGUUUCAUUAAAAUUUAGGCGAGUAAAUCUCCAUCUUCCCUGACAGCAAUCAGUUGUUUUUGCCAAUGAGGUUGAAGGUAUAGUAUUUUCAUAUUUUUGAUAAAUGGACUCAAAACCCACUGAAACUUUUUGGAACAUCAUUAAACAGGUUAGAACAUUGUGUUGCCAAUUUUAAAGUUGAAAACAGAUGAGAGUUUUUGAAGGUGAUAGACAUAGAGACAUAGAAUUUUUGGUAACAAAAUCACACUAUGAUGGAAUCAUUUCCAAACAUAUGUUUUCAAAAUACUUUUUCAUAGCGUGAAUCUGUUUUGAAAAGGAGUUACUUCCUAAUUUGAUAAAAUAUCACCUUUACCUUGAAGAGACAAAUUAAGUUUGUUUGAUGGUAUGUAGUUAUGUAUGUUAUGUAUGAAUGCAUGUAUGUGUGUAUUUAUGUAUCUAGCUAGCUAGCUAGCUUCUUGGUAACACACACACAGUUACUUUCAUCACAUAAAAGGUGAGCACAUUUGGUACACUAGCUUUUUUGUUCCUUAUCCUUAAGUUUGGAAACUUUGCCAUGAGAUAAGCAGUGGAACAUCUAGGUGGUAUGAACAAUUCUCAUGGUCACUCCCCGUGUCAUUUCAAAGCAUUGUAAAGAUUUUACUCUGUUUUACAGUCUAUUUUUAAAAGUAAUUGCAUCAUCAUAUGGCACUUGGUUUCAGCACUGUGCCACAAUUGCUUGGCUGUGAAUGAUAUGGUUAGUAAAGUCCAUGGUGCUAUCUCUGUAAUCUUAUCCCUAAUUUUUUCCCUUUAGUCCAUCUAGGGCAACUGCUUUACCAGUGGUUACACUUAGUCAGUUUUUCCUAAAAAUUACUUUUAUUAAAAAAAGAAACACGGUUGAGAUAUCUUCUUUGGUAUAUACUUCAGUGGCUCACCCAAAAGUAGGACUUUGCCUAUCAAAUAUAAACUGAGGCAUGUUCAAAAGUACGUGUAUUCAUUUAUCUGAAAAGCAAGCAUCCUACAUGACAUUAAUUUCUUCUACAAAUCUUCAGCCAUGUUUUCUUUGCAACUUCCAAUACUGUUUGUGGCAGUACUCAUUGCACAACCACAGAGAACAUCAUUCACAUUGCGUUCUAGGUAACUGGUUACCCAGAUUUGUGCAUUAUGGAAACUCUGAAUUUUUUUAGCAAGGGAAUUUAUUUAAAUUUGUUACCAUGUUGUUUUCUGUGUAUUAUUUUAGUUAUCUUUAUAGAAUCAGGAUGAACAACUGCUUUUCUAAUAGCACGUGACUUUUUGUCUUUUUUAACUGAGGAAUGUCAGAAGUUUGGUGAAAUUUUGUAAAAUAUUGGCUUGAGUAUUGUAUGAUUUUAAACAUUAUUGGAAAAAUUGCAGCAAUUAUCUAUAUGCUUACUUUUCAAUGUCUUACUGAUUUUAAUGGCUUUACAUUCUUAUUAUUUAAUAUCUCAAAGUACAAUAGGGUAAGGUACACUGUUAAUGAUACUAGAUAUAAAUCUAUAUCUCAAAAUGUCUUCUUGAUAAGUAAAAAAAACCCUUGCCCUAUUUCUUGUCAGAUCUGCUUGGGUCAUCAUUGUUUUUAUCUUGUAAUGUGGCUACAAAAGGGUUUACAAGUGUUAGCUUGGUGAUAGUCUUAUUAUCACUAAGGCCUAUAUUAUUAAUAUUAUGCUCAAACCGUGGUCUCUUUGGAAGGAUCUUUUGAAACCAUUGAACAUUUGUUCAGGGUUAAUUUAGUUAAAGACUAGAUAAUAUUAUCCAUAAUCAGUCUUCUCUCUUUCUUCUGGUACAAGAUGUGACACAUUAGUGUCUGGCAUAUGGACCCAGAGUGCUAAUCUGUAUUUAAGUUUAGGAAAGGAUUAGUUUUUCUUAUCUUUUAAAUAAAUAAAUAUACACCAGUAUAUUCAUAUAGUGUACUCCUAGGUUGUGUGAGCCACUUUGGAGACCACUGAAAUAGAAAAGUAGAUGGGAAAGAGAGGUGAGGGUGUGAUGAGUCAAAGAGAAAAGCAUAGUUUCCAGAGAACAGGAUCCCUCUGAAGAAUGUAGCCAGUCACUGAAAACCUGAGCCAGAGGUGGAACUACAGAUUUAUCAGUGUCUGGGUUCAGAAAAAGUAGUAUAUGUAGCAUUUCUACAGGGCUGUGAUAUGAAAGAGGAAGCAGACUUAAGCCAUUUUUUAUUCUUUAAGGUAAAACAGUUUGAGUCAUUUGUUGGCAUGAAGGGGUCAGUGAGAGUCCAUAGUUAAGUAUGUUUAUCAUGUUGCAGGAGAGGGGACCAAAUGGAGCCUGGGGCUCUUUGUUGCUUCUAUCCUCAGCCUUCCUUGGAUUUAGAUGCAAUCAGCAGAAGUUGGGAAAGGUCAUUUUCAUGAAUUCAAAGGCAAUUUACCAGUGAUUUCUGGGUGCUGGGGCUGAUUUUCUGUGCAUAUUUAAGAAUGUCUUCCAAGCAAGCCACCUCUCCAUUUGCCUGCGCAGCUGAUGGAGAGGAAACGAUGACCCAAGAUUUGACCUCGAGGGAAAAGGAAGAGGGCAGUGAUCAACAUGUGGCCUCCCAUCUGCCUCUGCACCCCAUAAUGCACAACAAACCUCACUCUGAGGAGCUACCAACACUUGUCAAUACCAUUCAACAAGAUGCUGACUGGGACAGUGUUCUGUCGUCUCAGCAAAGAAUGGAGUCAGAGAAUAAUAAGUUAUGUUCCCUAUAUUCCUUCCGAAAUACUUCUACCUCACCACAUAAGCCUGACGAUGGGAGUCGGGACCGCGAGAUAAUGACCAGUGUUACUUUUGGAACCCCGGAACGCCGCAAAGGGAGCCUUGCCGAUGUGGUGGACACACUGAAACAGAAGAAGCUUGAGGAAAUGACUCGGACUGAACAAGAGGUAGAUUCCUCCUGCAUGGAAAAACUACUUUCAAAAGAUUGGAAGGAAAAAAUGGAAAGACUAAAUACCAGUGAACUUCUUGGAGAAAUUAAAGGGACACCUGAGAGCCUGGCAGAAAAAGAACGGCAGCUCUCUACCAUGAUUACCCAGCUGAUCAGUUUACGGGAGCAGCUCCUGGCAGCGCACGAUGAACAGAAAAAACUGGCAGCCUCACAAAUUGAGAAACAACGGCAGCAAAUGGACCUUGCUCGCCAACAGCAAGAACAGAUUGCAAGACAACAGCAGCAACUUCUGCAACAGCAGCACAAAAUUAAUCUCCUGCAGCAACAGAUCCAGCAGGUUCAGGGUCACAUGCCUCCGCUCAUGAUCCCAAUUUUUCCACAUGACCAGCGGACCCUGGCAGCAGCUGCUGCUGCCCAACAGGGAUUCCUCUUCCCCCCUGGAAUAACAUACAAACCAGGUGAUAACUACCCCGUACAGUUCAUUCCAUCAACAAUGGCAGCUGCUGCUGCUUCUGGACUCAGCCCUUUACAGCUCCAGAAGGGUCAUGUCUCCCACCCACAAAUUAACCCAAGGCUAAAGGGCCUAAGUGACCGUUUUGGCAGGAGUUUGGACACCUUUGAACAUGGUGGUGGCCACUCUUACAACCACAAACAGAUUGAGCAGCUCUAUGCCGCUCAGCUGGCCAGCAUGCAGGUGUCACCUGGAGCAAAGAUGCCAUCAACUCCACAGCCACCAAACACAGCAGGGGCAGUCUCACCUACUGGGAUAAAAAAUGAAAAGAGAGGGACCAGCCCUGUAACUCAAGUUAAGGAUGAAACAACAGCACAGCCGCUGAAUCUCUCAUCCCGACCCAAGACAGCCGAGCCUGUCAAGUCCCCAACAUCUCCCACCCAGAGCCUCUUCCCAGCCAGCAAAACCAGCCCAGUCAACCUGCCUAACAAAAGCAGCAUCCCCAGCCCCAUUGGAGGAAGCUUGGGAAGAGGAUCCUCUUUAGGUAAAUGGAAAGGUCAACACCAGGAAGAGACUUACGAAUUAGAUAUCCUGUCCAGUCUCAACUCCCCUGCCCUGUUUGGGGAUCAGGAUACAGUGAUGAAAGCCAUUCAGGAGGCUCGGAAGAUGCGAGAACAGAUCCAACGGGAGCAACAGCAGCAACAGCCACAUGGUGUUGAUGGGAAACUGUCCUCCAUGAAUAAUAUGGGGCUGAACAACUGCAGGAAUGAAAAGGAAAGAACACGCUUUGAGAAUUUGGGGCCCCAGUUAACAGGAAAGUCAAGUGAAGAUGGAAAGCUGGGCCCAGGUGUCAUCGAUCUUACUCGGCCAGAAGAUGCAGAAGGAAGUAAAGCAAUGAAUGGCUCUGCAGCUAAACUACAGCAGUAUUAUUGUUGGCCAACAGGAGGUGCCACUGUGGCUGAAGCGCGAGUCUACAGGGAUGCCCGUGGCCGGGCCAGCAGCGAGCCACACAUCAAGCGACCAAUGAAUGCAUUCAUGGUUUGGGCGAAGGAUGAGAGGAGGAAAAUCCUUCAGGCCUUCCCUGACAUGCAUAACUCCAACAUUAGCAAAAUCUUAGGGUCUCGCUGGAAAUCCAUGUCCAACCAAGAGAAGCAACCUUAUUAUGAAGAGCAGGCCCGGCUAAGCAAGAUCCACUUAGAGAAGUACCCAAACUAUAAAUACAAACCUCGACCGAAACGCACCUGCAUUGUUGAUGGCAAAAAGCUCCGGAUUGGGGAGUAUAAGCAACUGAUGAGGUCUCGGAGACAGGAGAUGAGGCAGUUCUUUACUGUGGGGCAACAGCCUCAGAUUCCAAUCACCACAGGAACAGGUGUUGUGUAUCCUGGUGCUAUUACUAUGGCAACUACCACACCAUCACCUCAGAUGCCAUCUGACUGCUCCAGCACCUCCGCCAGCCCAGAGCCCGGCCUCCCGGUCAUCCAGAGCACUUAUGGUAUGAAGACAGACGGCGGAAGCCUAGCUGGAAAUGAAAUGAUUAAUGGAGAGGAUGAAAUGGAAAUGUACGACGACUACGAAGACGACCCCAAAUCAGACUAUAGCAGUGAAAACGAAGCCCCAGAAGCUGUCAGUGCCAACUGAGGAGUGUUUGUUUGCUGAAUUAAAAUACUGACAUUUCACCUCCCCUCCCCCAACAAAAAGUUCUUAAAGAGCCCGCAUGCAUUUGUGGCUCCACAAUUACAUCAGCAGAAUGGUCUUAAUUGUUUCGUAAAGUGUGAGACAGAUUAAGUUUUCCCUGAUUUUUCAUGAACUUGAGUUUUUUGUCGUUAUUGUUAUUGUUGUUGUUGUUGUUGUUGUUUUAAUUUAGGUGAAGACAUAUUAAAUAUGAGACACCAGGACUUGAAAACUUAUCUCAACCCAUAGCUGUCUUACAAGUCUUAUAUUUUUGUCUUACUUUUUUUUCUUUUGGAUGUUGAUAAAGGUUUAAGUUACUGUUUUAGAUGGGGUUAAACAUUCUCACUCAGGUAUGCUGUGCCGGCCUACAGGUUGUGAAUGUGUUUUUAUUCUGAAUUAUUUUAGAAAACAACUGAGGAUUUCAUGUUGUGAAACAGAACAAGUCCAUGGCGUGUGCAGCUGCAUGUAGAGCGUAUUCAAAAGGCCUCGGAAUUCCAUUGCUCCGUGUGUAGAGUUGAACUUUGAAUGUGCCAAACUUUUUCAUAACUUUUGAAUCUUAAUAUUUUGAAAGUCUUAAAGGAGACACUGCAAAGUCUUAGACAAUCUUUGGCAUCUUAAAAUAGCAAACCACACAUUUUUUUUUCCAGAAAAUGGUAAAGUACUCAGGAAUCUGGAGACAAGAUAUUGUAAGGAAUGAACAAGGUUGCCACAGUGCGUGUACCCAAUUGUGUUUGCCUCUUGACGUGCCAUCGUUGUGUGAUGUGGUAUGAUGUACACACACAAGAGUGAUCACCACACCAGAUACCAACAUGGUGGUCUUCUCUGCCUGAGACCACCUCUCACUACAUCCAUUAUCCCUUUGCCUUUAACCCUGACAUUCAGUCUUAACACAUUUUCUCUUAAGUAAUUUAUUCAUUCCAGAAUGUCAAGGGUCCACUUACUAUUUAUUUAAAAAAAUUGUUGGUGGCAUUAAUUUAAUAAUUCUUGUUUUUCACCCUCCUUCCCCAAAGAACUUUUCAGCCCUUUUCACCUCCUUCUCCUGCUAGAUACGAAAGAUUUACAUAGUAAUUUUAUGUCCCCAGGACAUCUGGAAGCAUUUCUGAUAGAAGAUACUAUUAAAUACCUACAUUGUUCUUUUUACACACGAGUGUGUAUCUGGCUGCAGAGCUGUGUGUUGGAUGCAGGUGUAGAGUCUUACACUUCAACAGGUAUGCCCCUGAAGUUUGCUGUGACCUCAAAUCUUUUGCCAGAAUUUCCCCCUAAUUUAGUUCAGCAACAGGUGGUAGGAUCUGCAUCAGUGGCAUUUUCCCUGAAUGCCAUUCAGCGGCAAGGGUCAACAGUGGUGACUGCCAGGCAGGAGAGUCCUGCAGCCAAACCUAAAGCCCACGGCUGCGGGCCAUGGAGGAGGCUAUGGUGAUGCUGUCAUGGGCUGGCACCUUUACUCGGAGUUGCCUUGUCCCAUCUGGCACCUCUAGGGAAUUCUUUGCAAAAUCCCCAGGAUGCAAGAAGCCACAUGACAGCCGCAAAUCAAAGUUAGAGGCAAAUAGUCAUGAUAUAUCCAGAGUAUGAAAGAAAACCACAGGGAAGGAGAAGGAGGGGAAAUACAUUCCCUAUGUGGGAUGUUCCUACUGUUAACUCUGGGGAUAGAUCACUCCUGGGGCAGCAGACGAGUUCCUCUGGCUCACUCCCGCUAUCUGUGGCUGCAGGGGUGGGGCAUGCCUACGUGUGAACAAGAUUAACUGCACUUGUCACACAAGGAUUUCUCUGGAGAUGUGCUGAUGGGCUGGGAGGUAGUGAGGUUUCAUUCCCCAUCUCCUAACUACAGGGAGCUCGGCCAUGCUAUUUGGACCUUCCUGAAACCAGGACUGAUUGCCUAUGGGGGGGCCUCAACUAGAGUGGGUCAAUGGGAGAAUGUCAGCGAAUGGGACAGUUCACCUCAUGGGACAACCCAGAAUCUGAUCACCAGGACAUAGGAACGGCCCCAUCAGAUUUCUUGAGCCAUUUUGUCACUUGGAAGAAAAUAGUGUACCUUCAUAUUUAUUUAAAGAGUGCUCAAGGCCGUGCCUCAUAGCAAUAAAUAGGUCUAGCCAGGACGAUAUGGGCUAUGCCAUUAGCUGGGAGUGCUCUCUAUAAGCUGGUUAAGGUACUGAUAGGAAUGUUUGUUCUUAAUAUUGGGUGGGGAUUGUAACUUUGUUUUUGUACAUUUAUUUCAAAUGAGGAGGAGGUCAUUUUUCUAAAAAAAAAAUGAGUAUUUAUUAUUGUCUGACUGAUUUCUUUUGAUUCUAUGCCUCUCCUUCUCAGUUCGUUCUCGUUUCUUCUCCUCCUAUUGACCUUUGCUUUUGGCCUCUCCCCCUCCUUUUUCAUUUUGUUGCAUAGGUAGUGUGCUGUAUGGCUAGCAUUGUAUUGUAUGUAAUUAAUUUUGCACAAAGGCAAACAUUUAGAAUAGUAGGUUAAUUUUGUUUGUUUUUAUGACCAUGCCAAAAUAAUAUUCUGGGCUGGUGGAGAACAAAGGACUGUUCUUUAGGACUGAAACUUGAUUUUGCUUCUAGUAAAACAAAAACAAAACAAAAAAACCCCAACAAAAAACACACACACUCACAGAUGUUGUUUCAUAAGUGUUAUAAGCACUGGAUAUAAAUGGUAUUUUUUAUCACUUCUGACUAAUGUGAAACUUGUACGACAACGACAUGAACAAAAGUCAUCUGUUUCGACUCGUGUGGGCUUGCCUCACAGUUGCCGGAUUUGAGUCAUUUUUAUGUCUUGUUAUUUCAUUUAUUUAUGCAAAAUACAUGUGUGUAUGAACACUUUGUUUUAGCUCCAGCUCUGCCUCCGUACUGGGGUUCAGUUACUUCUAGCCGUGCUCUUAAAAAUGAAAGGCUAUUCAGGAAUGAUCUGAUUGUAAACGUCUCUUUCAUUGGGUCAAACAGUGAUGCUGUAUUUGAAUUUAAAUUCUGCGCAUAAACAGUUUAUUCUAUUUAUUAGCCAAGCUUGGCUCUAAAUAUCCAUGGAAAUUAAGAAUGACAAUCAUAGGGAUCACUUCAUUUUAUUUUCAGUGGGGCUUAAACAAAGUUUUUAUGAUUUUACCAUCUCAUCUUAGACUUUUCUAAUUGUGUAAAUAUAACAUAGAAAUAGAAUUUAUUUUUGGUUCAUGAAUACUUAGUGAGAUAUAAGUUAUGUAUUUCCUUUUUGUUCUCUAUCCAUAUAUGUUGGUCCAGACUAGAAGUUGACGAGUCACUGUACCUCCUGGGGAUAGUGAGUGACCAGGCACAGUGAGAGAGCCGCGUUCCACCCUGAGGCGGGCCAGAAGACCCUUCUCUUGGGUUCACAUGCAGUUUAGAACCCACUGUCCACAGACUCAGACUUGUACUUUUUUUUCUUAUAGAAAGUAGAUGAAUUGAACACACUUAAUUUCCAGUACAGCUGGGAGAGAGUCAAUUUGCUUUGUGAAUCCACAUCAAUCUUAUAAGGUAGUUCUGUGACCAUUGAAUAGUAGUAAGCAUGAAUGCAGUUAUAAAGGCAAAAAUCAGCCUCUGAGACUGGCCAUUAAUAAAAGUCCUACCAUGCCAAUUAGAUUAGACAAUGUUCAUCAACUUCUUUUCAGUGUUCCCUGUUUCAUAAUAUCUUCAAAUCAAAGAUAAAAAUUAUCUCCAUUUUGUUAAAGAACUUACAGGAUCAGAAUUUGCCUUGUCACUUAGAAUAGGGACACUGGCAGACAAUCCUCUCCUAAAAAAAGGACCACAUGGAAUAGGAAGGAAAGAAAGAAAGAAAGGAGGAAAGGAAGAAAGAAGAAAGAGAGGAAGAAAGAAAGAAAGGAAGGGACGAAGAAAAGGAGAGAAAGGAAAGGUCAGUCUGCGCACAGGAGCAGCAGGCAGGCGGCUUCUGUAUUUCAUUGGCAGAUACGAUGCUGAAUCUUUUCCAGGAAGGUACGAAAGCUGUGUUGUUUCACAGGUAUUCUGCUCACCCUUUUAGGAGCACAUCAGUUUGCUUCAUUUGGGAUUUGAUACUCCCCAGCCUUGUCCUCAGGCCUGAUUGGAUUUGCCAGGGUCUUGACACCGACUCCCAGGCCAAGUUCUAAAUUCAGGUGUGGGCUCACAGCGCUAUUGAGCUUGUCAAAUGCUGGCCCUCCGUGAACGUUAGCCCCACUGGAGCCAGGGGUGUUUGAAAAGGGUGUGAUCCCUCUAGGGCUGAAAUUAAAGGCUUCUUUCUUUUCCUUAUGAAGCCAGGCUGCUGCUUUGGAGCCCGCCCUCCCGAGCCAGGAGCACAGGCAUAGCUGAAAGCGGGGAUUGUUUCGAGGAAGCCCAUCUACCCCAGUGGGAAGGCAGCCUGGUCACUGGAACGCCACAGCUGCGGCUGCUUCUCUCAAUUUACUCAUUUUGCAAAGAGGUGACCCCUACCUACUCGUUAGGGAAAAGAAAAAGAAUCAGUAGUUCUAAACCAUAGGAGAAGUCCUGUACCAAGUGCCAACAACCGCAAAGAAUGCAGCUAGACGAAUGUAUUGAAAUUAUUACUGGGUCUUCCUUUUUAAUGAGAAAAUGACAAAAAUGAUUGCUGUAGCCUUGCCUGAUUUUGUACACUUUUGUCUAAGGACUGAGUUGGCACUUAAGCUCACUUCUCAAAGUAUAAUAAUAAUAUUGUAUGACCUCAUUUGUCCUUUUACAGAAGCACUUGCAUCAUUUCCUUAAGUCGUCUGCCCCCGACAUGUUUUCUUCCUGAAUAAACAACUUCUAUCUGUUAUUCCUGCCGACCAUGUUCUGUUUCUGAUCCAUAUCUUACUGAGUGUAUCCCUCCGCUACUAUCAUUGCAAAUCUUGAUAUGCAAACACAUUUCCCUUUCUUCCUUAUCCCAGCUUUUCCUUUGGGGACAGACUGCUUUCCAAAAGCUCGUGAACGAGUAUUCAGAAUGCUGGUACCUUUGGGGCAGGGCUGGAGGGGGCGGGGCAGGAAGGUAAAGCUCAGUGCAGACACUGCUCACUGGUGUCCGUGGCAAUAUGGAAGCUUGAAGGCAACUCAGUGACAUAUCUUGCUCGGUAGUUUCUUAUUCCUGAAGAACCACAAGCAUAAAAUGAGGCGCCAGUGCUGGUGCUCUUGGAGUAUGGGGGAUGUGCAAAUAUUUAACUGUUUUGUAUGCUGCACAUUGCAGGUCUGCUCAUGUGCAUUCUCCGUUUGUCUUCCUUUGUCAUAUGUGUUUUUGCUUUUUUUGGAAGUGCAGUCUUUAUUGUACCUUCUCCAGCUUGUAGCAAUUAGAAUGCUUAGCAUUUAUGUCCAUUCAUUAUUGUAUUUGCCAUGUAAAAUUUUUAUUACCUUAGACAAGCUUAUAAGCUGUUACUACAUAACUUAUCUUACUGUAACUCUUUUAUUUCCCGACAUUGUAAUUUGUUUGUGAUGUAUAUUGUGAGAUUGUAUUCUAUGUUAAUUUAAUCAGCACAAUUCACUGACAUGCUGGACUGACAUGCUGGCUGCUGUUUCAGAGUGUAAAGUGUGUGUAGGGCAGUUGGGACAACUGUAACUCUGUUGUCAAGGUACUGUGCUUGGGUUCCUCUAGCAACACUGCGGGUGUGGCCCUUGAGAUGCUAGGGGCAUUCACUACGCCCUCAAGCAAAUGUUAACUGCAGAUUUCCUUUGUAGAAAUUCUAUGUAUAACGCAGGUACCCACUUGGCCCAUGGCUGGUAACUAUUUGGGCAAUUAGAAAAAACAAAAACCAUAAAAACUAGUGUCUAUUGCUGCUUUGAAUAUGUUUGAAAGUCUGAAAAUGUAAAUAGUUUAUCAAAAAAAAAAUCUUGUACAGUCCAGUGUAAAGUUUUUAAAUGACCUUAAGGGGUUGCCAUCACAUCUUUCUCACACUCUCCUCUCGAUGAUGGAAAAAAAGUUUGCUAAGGAUUAAAGAAAUGGGAAAAAAAAAAAACCUCUUCAAAUUUAAAGGAAUGAAUCAUUGUUCUUAGCUUUGUUGCAUACACAAACUUCUUGGAUUUUGUUGUGCAGUAUUGACGUGAGAUAAAACUCAACAUUGCAUAAUCUUUCAGUGGGACUUUUCAAAGUCUUCCCCUCCUCUGCCUCAUAAUUAAGGGAAAAGACAAAAUUGAAAGACACACUGUCUUUAUCUAUCCUGGUGUAUGUUGGCACCUUAGCUACUUUUUUUUUUUCCUUUUUGCACAAGGUGCUUUCCUGAUUUGUUAAACAUGCCAUCUUUGGGUGAUCAUGUAUAUGCCAUGACGGGGCCCAGGCCCCUCAGGGGAGUGUCUAUGAGAACUGCCUAUUUAUGCUCAUUUACCUCAAGACUGUCCUCUCUACCCUUAAUCUAGUCGUCAUCACUCCAUCUUUUGUACUGCUGUUGACACUUACAAAUUAAAGAUAAAUUUUGUUUUAUGA